CAAGCACUGUGCCUUGAAAGCAAAACUCGGCCGCUUAAGAAGUUUUAUCGGAAAUAUUGUCCAGGGUGUCAGCACCGCGUUUACAAGCCCGAGAGGAAAGGGUAAUAUAACAGUCUUAACCUUGUGCUAACAUUAUUUCAAGGUUCAGUUUGCAUCAAAUCAAUUUGUGAUCUUGACUUUGACAAUUUGGUCACUCUCUACAUAGCAAAGAUGGAUUGGGAAUCACAAGACACAGAGUUCCAUGAUGCCAGCGAAGUGAACGGAGAUGUGAACAUGAUGAAUGGAGAUGCGACACCUAAUCAUGAUCAAAGUUCAUCAUCAAAUGGCGGCAAUGGCAAAGCAACACAAAAGAAAGGGCCAACAGAAGAAGAACGAGAAAAGGCAAAAGAAGUCAAAGAACAAGGUAAUAAAGCAUUCAAAGACAAACGAUUGUCUGAGGCUGUUCGAUUGUACACCGAAGCGAUCGAAUUGGAUCCUAGCGAACCUUCUUAUUUGACAAAUCGGGCUGCUGCUAAUAUGGGAUUGGAAAAAUAUCAAUCUGCAUUGGAAGAUUGUAAUCGGGCAGGUGCAAUGCAAGAAUCCGAGCCGAAUGCAAAGACCCUAACCCGUUUAGCAAGAUGUCACUUUCAACUCGGUAACCUUGAUGCGGCAAAAUCAACGAUCAAUAGAGCUUUAAAUGCAUCUUCAUCAGAUCCAGCAGCAAAACAAUUAUCAGAAAAGAUUGAUAGAACUUCUUCACAUAUCGCAAGUUUCCAAAAAUAUCGUGAUGAAAAAUCAUAUCAGAUGGCCAACAUCGCAUUGGAUAAAGCUUCAAACGAGAUUUCUUCUCUGCCUCUUUCGUGGCGAUUGAUGAGAUCCGAUUUGAUGCUCAGAAGAGGACAUUUGGAUGAAGCACACAACCUGAUCAGUAAUACGCUACGAUUGCAUACAAACGAUCCCGAAGGACUGGUUUUACGAGGAAAGAUUUUGUUGGCCAAAUCGGGCGAUCUGAGUAAAGCUUUGAGUCACGCCCAAGCUGCUCUUUCAUCAGAUCCAGAGAACAAACAAGCGAUCCGAUUGCUAAGAACAUGUCGAAAGCUCGAACUAGCAAAAGAAAAAGCAAAUGCUUCAUUCAAAGGUGGAGAUACGGAAGAUGCGAUUGCACUAUACACCGAAGCGAUCCAAUUAGCAGAAGAACAAAUCACGCCAGAAGAAGGUGCAGCGAAAGGGUUCUGCGCAGUGAUUUACUCUAAUCGUGCAACAGCAAAUGCCAAAUUAGGAAAGCAUGAAGAAGCGGUUGAUGAUUGUACUAAAUCGCUUGAGUUGAAUGACGGAUCGGUAAAAGCAUUGCGGAUACGAGCACGAUCUUAUUUGGUCAUUGAAAAAUACGAAGAGGCUGUGUCAGAUUUCAAAAAGGCAAUUGAAGAAACCCCUUCGGACGAAUCAACAGAAGCACUCAAACGUGAAUUACGUUCAGCCGAAAUUGAUCUGAAGAGAAGCAAGAAGAAGGAUUACUAUAAAAUCUUGGGAGUAACAAAGACUGCAACAGCAGUUGAGAUCAAGAAAGCAUACCGAAAAGAAAGUUUGAAGCAUCAUCCCGAUAAAGGUGGAGAUGAAGAAAAAUUCAAGCUUUGCAAUGAAGCUUUUGGAGUUUUGUCCGAUGAUCAAAAGAGGCGAAGGUAUGAUAUGGGCGCAGAUGAUGCUGAUUCAGAUCUCUCCGGUGGAAUGGGCGGCGGUUUUGGUGGUGGCUUUGGUGGCGCAGAGGUCAACUUAGCUGACUUGUUCGCUCAAGGUGGAAUGGGAGGUGGUAUGGGCAUGGGAGGCGGAAUGGGAGGCAUGGGCGGCUCUCCUUUCUCCUCAUUUGGCGGUGCAGGUGGACCUUUUGGAGGUGGUGGAGCAGGUGCAGGUGGUAGAAGAUAUAGACAGCCAGGCGGCUUUUCUUUCCAAUGAUUCAUCUUUCUUCAUGCUUCAUGAUAUUCUCUAUUCAUCAUUGACCGUGUACAUCUAUAAUCUUAGCACAAAAAACUAAACAAUCGCCUUUAGAGCAUAUUUCCAUCAUUUUUUGGUAGACUUCACUACAAUGAGAUGAUCAUUCAAAUG